GUCAUUGAUAUCGUCGACGAUCAGCGCAUCUCGAAGGGGGCACUCCGCGCUCGAAAAUCUCCGCCCGCCUCGACGUCAAUUGAAGACCAAUGUCUCGUAUAUAACCAGAAAAUCACACUCCGAGAUUCGAUAACGAAUAUCAUGGCAUCCUGGGCCCCCGCUCGGCCGGCUCUGAGGGCCCUGGUCUCAUCAUCAACAGCGACUCCCGCUCGACUAUUCAGCACAACUCUUCCUCAGCAGACCAAGACGAUCAAGUCACAUCUUCUGCCCAACCGUCUGAUCCCCCCAUACCCCUAUGGCGAGCGAAGAGUCUACAAGCAGUCCAACAAGGGUCUAUACGGCUCAGCGAGAAUUCGUUUCGGUAACACUGUUGCGGAAAAGUACAACAACAAGGCCCGUCGAUUUUGGCGUCCAAACGUUCACGUCAAGGUCUUCAGGCUACCCGCAAUACAAGCCAACGUCAAGACCCGCCUCACACUCCGAGUUCUCAAGACCAUCCGCCGAGAGGGUGGUCUCCAGGAAUAUCUUCUCAAGAGCAAGCCCGCCAGGAUAAAGGAGCUUGGCCCCGGUGGCUGGAACUUGAGGUGGCUACUCAUGCAGUCCAAGGAUAUUCAGAAGCGGUUUAACGAGGAGCGUAUUGCUCUAGGUAUGCCGCCCAAGGAGAUUGAGGACCGGGAUGAUAUUAUUCAGUAUGCGCUCGAUUUCGCUACUCCGGGGCCCCUAAGCAAGCGUAGUCAAGCGACGCUGGGCGAACUUCUGGCGCAGGAGUUUGUGUUGGGUGACGAGGAUUUGGCUGAUUUGGAGGGCAUUCAAGAGCUGUCAGAUGAGGACGAGGCCCUGUUAUUCAAGGAGCUCGAUGCAGAGAUGGAAGCCAGAAAGACACAAGGCGAGCAAAAGAUUACGGUGUAAAAUGUCUUAUGUAUAAUAUGUACCAAAACCCCCCAUUUUCAACGCCUUCCAACCAUUGUAUCACCAACCCGCCAGAGCCACGAUAGAAAAGACUUUUUUGUUCAUGCUGUCAUUUCAAUGGUUGCUACAUAAUCCAAACAUGGUAUCACUUUUAAUCUAGAAACGGAGAUCCCAACCAAUCUUGGGGCCCAACUUGGGCAGCUCAUCAGCGACGCUCUGCACGUCCUUGUCACCACGGCCACUCAGGCAGAUGACAAUAUCCUCACCCUUCUUCAUUGUCUUGG